UUUGUAUGAAAUAUAUUUUAGUACAGAAAAAAAGUUUAAUUGCUUUUAAUAAUAUGGUAUAAUUGCGACGCAUCUAUUGUCCAGCAAUUAAAAUGAAACAAUUUGUAAAGUCUGAUGCGUUGAUGAUACAACAUGUGCUGUUCAAAGUCAAUAUAGUAGAUCAAUAAAUUAUUGUUACUAAAUGGACGCACUUAAUAAUAUUGAUUUGUGGCUUGAAAAUACUAAUAAUUAGACCAAUUGAGAUUUUCAUGAUAACAUAAUUAUAGUGCAAAACUAUGUUUUUUUUUCAUCGGACAUUCUAAUGUUCACCAUUUAUUUUUUAUCCAAUUGCAGGUGAUUUAUUGUAUAAUUUCCAAUGCAAUUGUUUACGUCUUGACCGACCAACCAAUGGAACUGUGGAGAUUUGGAGUAUUCACUUCAUUAGGAUUCUUAAUAAUUAUCGUAUCUCAAAGUUUAGGUCUUUUAGUUGGAAUUCUGUUCGACGUGGUCAAUGGAACAUUCUUUGGGUCUGCAGUCGCGUGUUUUCAGCUGAUUUUCGGCGGAUUUUGCAUAACUUACCGUGAUAUGCCUCACUAUCUGAGUUGGUUCUACAACUUUUCUUUCCUGAAGUACGGCGCUGAGGGCAUGAUUGGCUCAGUCAUGGGUUACGAAAGAUCCGCCCUGCCAUGUCCGAAAUCCGAUUUCUGCCAAUACACGUAUCCGGAGAAGUUCAUCGACGAUUUGGGCAUCAACGCUAAUCAGAUUGAGUUGGAUUUCGUGCUGCUGAUCAUCAUGUUCGUCGCCUUGAGGAUAAUAAUUUAUCUAAUACUGAAAAUGAAAUUAAAAAGAAAAUCGUUCUGUGAUCUUUUCUAG